CAUGGGAGCCCGGGGGUGGCAGCGGGCCGGUGGAUGCCCAUGGCUUUCAGCCCGGGGCUGCUGGUGGUGGCCGGCUCCUUCGCCGCUUUCCGCCUGCUGAACCGGGGGCUGGAGCGGCUGGUGCCGCCGCCGCCCUCGGCCCGGCGCAACCGCUGGAAGUGGCGCAACAUCUGGACAUCGCUGGCGCACAGCGUGCUCAGCGGCGGCGGGGCGCUGGCCGGGUUCUACCUCCACCCCGAGCUGUCCAAGGACCUGGUGGGCACACACCCGCCCGGGGCACACAGCCUGGUCGCUGUGUCUGUAGGUUAUUUCCUUGAAGACUUUGUGGACAUGUUGUGCAAUCAGAAACUUCACCAAUCCUGGGAGCUGCUCUUCCAUCACUCUGUGGUGAUUGUUUGCUUUGGAAUUGCUGUGCUGCUCCAUCAGUACGUCGGCUUUGCCCUCGUGGCUUUGCUGGUGGAGAUCAACUCCAUCUUCCUCCACCUGCGGCAGAUCCUUCUCAUGGCCAACCUGGUGCACACCACCUGCUACCGCCUCAACAGCAUCGUCAACCUGGGCACCUAUGUGGUGUUUCGCAUCGCCACGCUGGCCUGGAUGACCCGCUGGCUCUUCCUCAAUCGACAGAACGUGCCCCCGGCGACGUAUGCGGUGGGCACGGUGGGCAUGGCAAUCAUGACACCCAUGAACAUCAUCCUCUUCUAUCGCCUGCUGCGGAGUGACUUCCUCAAAUCCAGCCGGGACGUGCAGCGGGAGAAGGAACAAUAGCCCCCCCUUCCCUGCGGGGUCAGGGGGAUGAGCUGCUCUGAACCCACAGCAAAGCACAGUGGAGGGUGAAUGUGGCUGUUUCAGUACCUUGUGUGGAGGGUCUGCACUAACAGAGCAUCCAGGCUUUUCUUGUGGCUGAAGGUCCUGGGCCCUGCACAGCACAGGAGGUGCUCAUGGAACAGGCACUGUGGCUCUGCUCCCCAAAGACCUUUGGAUGAUGUGGUUGAACAAGCGGGAGCUGCUCAGAGAAGCCUCGACGGCUCUCGCAGCUGCCCAGGGCACCACUGAGAUGAGAAGGGAGCAGUGGAGCAGCGUUUCCCCACUGCUCCUCUGGACAUCCAGACACCACAGUGUGUUUCUAACCCCGUCAGUGCUGCAGCCCCCAGCGUCUCAUCGGUCACGGGACACUGCAUCCUUUGUGGCACUUCCCGUGGGAGCACCACCAGGAAAGACAGGCCUUCGAGGCCAGUAAAAGCCAAAUCCUGCACUGAUGAGCCCUCCCCGAGGAGAUUGUCCCAGGUGGGUGAUGGAGGGAGAGGCUGAGACCUGGCUGGGUGGGCUGCUGCCCAUGGUGGUGUCCAGGUCAGGGGGAAAACACUGGGCAGUGGGUGCUACAGCACCACCCUCUCGUGAAAACUGGAACAUUUUUCAUGUUGUUUUGUCUCACAUAGUUGAAGUGCCCUUAAACAAGCUUGGGAGAGCGCAAGUCGCUGGAAGGAUGAUGUUAUGUGAUGGUCACUUCCCACAGAUGUGGAGUUUUCAGGCAUAGGCACCUUUAGGACUUAGACAUCUGUUAGGAAUGACAAGUUGUGCUGCAGAGCCCAACACUUACCCACCAGCAAAGGCUCUUACUAACACCAGCUUUUAAUAAAUGGCUGUAAAUGAAAUGGCUUGAGGGGAAAGGACUUAGAGGAAAAAAGGACUCAGCAUCGCAGCCCACUCCAGGGCUGUCACUGCUCAGCACAGUCCUUAUCCCAUGUCUCCCUGCCAUGGAGGGAAAAUACACUAUACACUGGCACACUCUA